AAACAUUAGAAGAGAAAGUAUUCAGUAUUUUCGUCGAAUUUUCGUCGAAUUUUCAUAUAUAGUUUCCACGAAAAUGAGUCUAGGACGUGGUUGCCUUAUGGUGUCUUUGUUGGUGCAUUUUUUUAUAUUUGCAUAUGUUUCAGAUAUUGCUGCUGGACGAACAGUUCGAAAUGCACCAAAGGAGUCGACAGCCAGCAGUUUGACUAGCACAGCGAGUAAGCCUCGACAGAAAUACAUAACUGUAGCCAAAUCUGUCCCAAGCACAACUGGGUUUACGAAGAUAAGUUCUCAAAGUGUGAACAACGAACAUCAAACUCAGAACUAUUCCAUUUUGCCUGAUGGCCACCAACUGCUGAAUGGUAAGCAGUUUGGUCUGAUGACAGGAAAUGAAAACUGGACAAGGUACGAAGAAGAAAAGAAGAAACAAGCUGAACUUAUUGAUGAAACUGUUAAUGUGACAAGCCCAACAGAUGUUGACAGCACUGAUAUUGGAUUGGACUUGAAAGCUGGAAAGAAUGUAAUUGAUGGACAAGGAUCUAAAAACAAUGAUGGUGACAGCACUGAUAGAGAUGAAAAGAAAAUAGGCAAUGCUCUUGUUGGCCAUGAGGAAGAGAAUUUGGACCCUCAAUUAAAAGGUCAAAAUAAUAAUGUUGAUAUAGAUAUAGAGAAUGGCAGUGAAAGAGAAAGGAUUGAUUCAGAGGUAGAUGGCGAUGAAGAUAAUGAUGAAAUUGAUGAUGUUAUGCAAGACUCUAAAGAUGAAAGUGGAGAAUUUAAGAAAAAAAAUGUAACUAAUGAUGACUUUUCUAUUGCAAGCAAAGACCUUGAUGAUGAAUAUGAAUAUUUUGAGGAAAAUGAUAAAGAUGUAACUGCCAUACCUUAUCAAAGCAGUACAUAUGCAGACAAUGAAGAAUUACAUAAACUUAUGGAGGAUGACAGUAGUUCCCAAGAUGAUGAGUUAGAAAUCCCUUAUGACGAUAGCAAUAAGGAUUAUGAUGGUGAUGAUUAUGAUUAUGAUGAUGAUAAAGAAAAAAAUGUGGAAGACAAAUGGCCCAUAGAGAAGCUGCAGGAUGGAGACAACAACAAGGCUGACAAGAUGAAUGUCCCAAGUAGAUCAGGAAUGAAGACCUCAAUUGGAUCAGGAGAGUUUGGUCACUCACAGACAGACUCUGAUAGCGGUGUGGGAUUCAGUAUGGGCCUCGUCAUCAUGCUGAUCAUCACCAUCAUGGCCGUUCUUGUAUACUGGAACUGGAAAUCAGUGGAGCGGUUUAUUGUAUUCCGUGGUCGAACUCCUUCGUCAAUGAGUGCAGGGAGCAGUGACAGGGAGGCAAGCAAGGGACUUCUCGCUAAUGAAUAUGCCUAAUCAGAAGUGGUGUCCCUUAGUUAGUGGAUUUAUGUCGGUGGGCAACGGUAUUUUUUAUGCAAAAAUUCAAAUUAUUGUUAGGGGCUUUCAUUUGUUGAAGAAAUUUGUAAAUUUGAAGAAGUGCCUUUUCCACACCCUGUCACAAGAUUAUGUUCCAAAGUGGGCGUGUUUGUUUGAAUAUUGCAACAGCUUGUACAAAAAUGGGGGAAACUUGGUUCAUCCUCUUCUCUUGUUUCUUUCUUUUUUCAGUUGAAAUACUGAUUAAGGAAUAAAUCCCAUGAAAAAAACUCUGGUAUUGAAUAUAAACCUUGAUAAAAAAAACCUCUGGUAUUGAAUAUAAACCUGGAUAAAAAAAAACUCUGAUAUUGAAUAUUAUAAGUAUCUAUCAUGUGUUUCCGGUACGGAUAGAAAAAUCCUACCCGAGGGCACGCGCGUUAGCCGGUAACGAGGCUUGCCGAGUUACCGGUCACGCAGCGUGCCCGAGGGUCGGAUUUUUCUAUCCGUACCACAGUAAUUUUAAAUAACUAAAAAUAGCGUUUUUUACGAUGAAUUAUUUUCAGUUUUAAUUAAAAGACUUGCAAACAUAUAUAUUUGAUUGCGCUUUAUUGAAAUGGCAUUAUAUAUCUUUCAUAAACCAUACAAUAAAUGAAAUAAGAAGUGGCGCGUUGUUGCGCGUGACUCAUCUUACAUGGGGUAUGUAAGAUGGGUUUUUCCAGCAUUGGUCACAUGACCGGAAACACACGUCCGGUAUGCAAGAAAAACCUUGAUAAAAUCUCUGAUAUUGAAUAUAAACAUUGAUAUUAAAAGAAAUUUGGGUAUUAAUGUAAACUGUGAUAAAGAAACUCUGGUAUUGAGCAUAAACCUUGAUAAAAGAAACUCUGGACUUAAAUGUAAACCUUGAUAAAAAACUCAGGUAUUGAAUAUAAACCUUGAUAAAGAAACUCUGGUAUUGAAUGUAAACCUUGAUAAAAAAAAACUCUGGUAUUGAAAAGUAACCUUGAUAAAAAAACUCUGAUAUUGAACAUAAACCUUGAUAAAGAUACUCUGGUAUUGAAUAUAAACCUUGAUCAAGAAACUCUGGUAUUGAAUAGAAACCUUGAUCAAGAAACUCUGGAAUUAAAUAUUAACCUUGAUAAAGAUACUCUGGUAUUGAAUAUAAACCUUGAUAAAGAUACUCUGGUAUUGAAUAUAAACCUUGAUAAAGAUACUCUGGUAUUGAAUAGAAACCUUGAUCAAGAAACUCUGGAAUUGAAUAUUAACCUUGAUAAAGAAAGUCUGGAAUUGAAUGUAAACCUUGAUAAAAGACUCUGGUAUAAAUUAUUUCUAAUGAUCAUAAAACAAUUAUUUUUAUAUGACAGUUAGUUAUUAUAUGACUUCUUUGAACUAUCCUGUUAUUUUCAAUGCUUCACUUUCUUUGUUGUUUUGAUAUUUUCAUUGCUCUUGUAGAUUUUGGUUGCCAUAUUGCAUAAUUAAAAUAAAGUUGCAUUUCUGAAAUGAUGAAACUAAAAUAAUGUCACUAAAUUAUGUUUAUCAUAUGAGAUAUAAAUCGCAAUUAUUUUGAUAUUUUUUGUAAACUGAAAAAAGAGACAGAACAUUUUUAUGAUCAAAAUUUAUUUUACUAUUAAUAAAAAAAAUGUGUUCACCAUUAUGAUCUCAAAUCAGAACUCAACCAAUAAAUGCAUUGGGUGUCAGAUACAAAAUAGAUCACUAGAUCUUAUAUAAAAGAAGUCAUUUGAAUAUUCUAGGGUUAUAUAUGUGUCUUGCACUUUUUCAUGUCUUAUGUGUACUGGUUCGUUGUUAUAACCAUUUUUUUUUAUAAAUCUUCUUUUAAAGGAGGAAAUAAAGAUAUCUGUAUAUCUAACAUAUUUAGCCUAUCUUCAUGAAACUUGGUUUUAUCAUUUGCUGUCUUAAAAUCAAAUUCUUCUACCAAUUGAGACUCAUGUCUGGUCAGUGGGCCUCACAUCUAUGUUAUUUCUUUACAUCCUCACAAUCUUGUAUAAAUGUCUAACUUUAACCUCAGAAUCUCUCGAAAUCCUUCAUCUGUGAUAAUCAUUUAUGUUUCUUGUUUUAUCCUCCAGUUUGUUAACACAUAACUGUGAUUUGUUAUUUUUAAAGUUGUAACAUUUGUUUCUGACUAGUUUUGAUAUGUUCUUUAUUUUUAUGACCCUUGUUUUUGUAUUUUGAAGAUUUUAUUCCAGCUAUUGUAUGUAUUGCAAUGUAUGAAAUAAACUAUUUAGUGCACAUUGAUCACCAAUUAUUGUUUGUAAAAAAAUGGGUAAACUUUGUAAUUUGUAAAUAGGGUUUUGUGCAAAAGUACUUUAUGGCUUACUAAGGGGGCAAAUUUGAGCGCAUGAAUGCGCAUGUACUGUAUUGCUGUUUCCGUUUGUUACCAUUAGUGUGAUAUGAUUGUAUUCCAUUGAUCAAGCCUUUAAGAAGUAAAAAAACAUUAUUUUGUAUGUAUUACAACAUGUUUAUUUUAAAGCUUUAUGUAUUCUGAUUAUUUUUGCAAUAAAGAGGGAAAUUAUA